AUGGAAUGUAAAUUAGUUUCGGAGAAUGGUCAAGAACUUGGAUGUAAUGAAUUUGGAGAAUUAUACGUCCGUGAACCAAAUGUUAUGAAAGGUUAUCUUAAUAAUAAAGAAGAUACGGACAUUUGUAUUGAUAGCGAUGGUUGGUUUCGUACUGGGGAUGAGGUAUUCGCUGACUCUCGAGAAUUAAUUAAAUACAAGGGAUACCAAGUAGCUCCAGCCGAACUUGAAUCAGUUUUGCUCACUCAUCCAUCUGUUACUGAUGCUGCGGUAAUUGGUGUACAUUCUAACGAAAGUGCAACAGAAUAUCCAGCAGCAUACGUAGUAUUACAAAAAGAUAUAAUUCAAUCUGAUGAGAUAAAAGAAGAGAUUAAAACAUUUGUAUCUCAAAGAGUUCCAAAUCACUUGGCGGUAUUUAUUUUACUAAUCAAAUUCCUAAAAGUCCCUUUGGUAAAAUUUUGA